CCGCAAGGGUGAUGACCAGCAGCCAAGGCCAGAGGCUGACGCCCGUGAGGAGGCGAACAAGAAGCUGGCGACUCUGCGGGGCCGCGUGAGCGACCUGCACGCGCAGGCCGCCGAGGAGGACAUGGAGUUCCUCGGCGAGGCAGCGGACCGAGCGCAGAAGGAGGGUGGAGACAGGGACGGCAUCGAGAAGCGGAUCGAGGCCCUCAACGUCAAGGCAGUGGACAUCCAGAAGGAGCUGGCGGAGAAGUCCAAGCUCGAGAAGAAGGAGUCGCGUAUCCAACAGCUGGAGGCCAAGAGGUCGCAGCUGGAGCAGCACACUGUGCCCACCGACGCGGAGGGCCAGUGGGGCACGGCGGUGGAGCAGGCCGAGGCGCUGCUGCAGGAGCACACGAAGGAGACUGCUGACACGGACCUCAAGGCCGAGCAUGAGCACUUGAGGGAGGCCCACGCGAUG